UGUCGCAAACAUGGGCAAAAUUGGUUUGCAGAUAAAAGCGACGCUGGAAAACAUCGAAGAACUCAAGACUAACCAUCCGAACUAUACGUUCUUCCUGAAAAUCAAAUGUUCUAACUGUGGUGAAGUGUCCGACAAGUGGCACGAUCUGACCGAAAGCGAGCACAUCAACGAGGAUUCGCGCAAUCCGAAAGGGUUCAAUUUUUACAUGAAAUGUCGUAUGUGCUCUCGGGAAAACAGUAUCGACAUCAUCGAAGGCUCCAAUGCUAGCUACACCGAGCAAGAUUCAGGGAAAAAGAAAACGAUCGUAGCUUUCGAUUGCCGCGGUGUGGAACCGAUCGAAUUCAGCCCACGGUCGGGAUGGAUUGCCAAGGCGACAGAAAAUGGACCCACGUUUGAGGAUAUAGAUUUGUCGGACGACGAUUGGGUGGAGUACGAUCAGAAGAACAACAAUUCGGUCGGUGUGUAUGAGUUUGAAUCGGAUUUCAUCAAGCUGAAGAAGUGAAA